AAAGCAAAAUGCAAUUACUUUUUGGUAAUUUUUGAAAAAGGAAAGAAGUAUGAGAGAGAGAGGGAGAGAGAAGCAGAAAAGGCGGGUUAUGUUUUGAAUUGUCAUUGUUUUUUAAAAAAUAGUUACAGCCAUAAAAGUUCGCGGAGGAAGUUCAAAGUUUCUAACUACAAAAAUGAAAAUCUCUUUUCACCAUUCUUAAUUUUGCGCCCUUUUCUCAAAGCCUCCCAUACCUAAAACGCAAAUAAAAUAAAAUCCAUUUCUCACUCUCAUUUUUCAUAAUUAAUUUCAUUACACAAAACGAAGACGAUCCACCCAAAUUCUGCGUUUCUCCAAAAAUGCAGUUCACCAAACUCGAAGAUACACCGAUGCUUCGGCAAGAGAUGCAAUGCUUGGAAGAGAACGCCGAGUUGAUGCGAGGAAGAUGUUUAAAGUUUUAUAAAGGAUGUCGAAAAUACACAGAGGGGCUUGUAGAGGGGUAUGCUGGUGACCUUGCUUUCGUAAAUGCCCUUGAAACUUUUGGAGGGGAGCAAAAUGAUCCUAUAUGUGUUGCUUUUGGAGGCCCAGUCAUGACAAAUUUCACUGUUGCAUUAAGAGAAAUUGCCUCAUACAAGGAAGUUCUUCGCUCACAGAUAGAGCACAUGCUAAAUGAUAGGUUGCUGCAGUUUGUCAAUAUCGAUCUGCAAGAUAUCAAGGAUGCCCGAAAACCUUUCGACAAGGCUUCACUUACAUAUGAUCAGGCACGAGAGAAGUUUCUGUCUUUAAGGAAAAGCACUAGGACUGAUGUAGCUGCAGCCAUAGAGGAGGAAUUGCAUACUGCUAAAACCUCAUUUGAGCUAGCCCGCUUCAAUCUGGUUAGUACUCUCUCCAAGUUUGAAGCCAAAAAGAGAUUUGAAUUUUUGGAGGCUGUUAGUGGGAUGAUGGAUGCUCACCUACGGUUCUUCAAACAGGGAUAUGAACUCUUACAUAAGAUGGAACCUUUCAUUAACCAGGUCUUAGCUUACGCACAACAGUCUAGGGAGUGUUCGAACUAUGAGCAAGAAUCUCUAUGUGAAAGGAUGCAAGAACAUAUUAGGCAGAUAGAUCGAGAAAGUAAACAGUUAAGCAAUGCUGGUCUUCCUGCAGCCGAUGGAAUGCAACCUUUUACAAGGGGAUCCCAAAAAGUUAUUGAGGCAGUUAUGGAAUCUGCUGCGAAGGGAAAGGUUCAAACCAUACGACAAGGUUAUCUUUCAAAACGUUCUUCAAACCUAAGAGGUGAUUGGAAGAGAAGAUUUUUUGUUCUCGAUAGUCGAGGGAUGCUGUACUACUAUCGUAAACCAUUUGCCUGGUCUUCUGUAACUGGAAGUCCGUCUACUAUUCAAAGGAGUAGUUCUGAAAAUGGUCCUGGGCUGCUGAGCCGAUGGCUUUCUUCUCAUAACCAUAGUGCUGUACCUGAUGAAAAAUCUGUUACCCGCCAUACAGUAAACUUGUUGACAUCAACAAUCAAGUUUGACGCAGAUCAAACAGAUUUAAUGUUUUGUUUCAGAAUUAUCUCACCUACAAAAAUUUAUACAUUGCAGGCAGAAAAUGCACUAGACCAAAGGGAUUGGAUUGAAAAAAUAACUGGAGUGAUUACUUCCUUACUGAGUUCCCAAACACCUGAGAAGUGUCUCUCUGCUUUCCGCGCCGGAAGUGGUGAUUACUUUACUAGUGAUAACAGUUCACUAGUAGCGUACCCUGAUGGUUAUCCGAUGUCAAUUGGACAAUAUAAAUGUAAGAAUCUCUCACCUGGAAGUCUUUUAGACAUACCUAGAAGUUCGCAGCAUCAAGAAUAUUGCGGAAAGAGUGAAAAACCAAUUGAUAUCUUAAGAAAAGUAGCCGGGAAUCAUAAAUGUGCUGAUUGUGGUGCACCUGAGCCAGACUGGGCAUCUUUAAACCUUGGUCUACUUAUAUGCAUUGAAUGUUCCGGAGUUCACCGCAAUCUUGGUGUACAUAUAUCAAAGGUAAGAUCACUGACACUUGAUGUUAAAGUGUGGGAACCGUCUGUGUUGGAUUUGUUUCAAUCACUGGGAAAUAUCUAUGUGAACUCAAUCUGGGAGGAGUUGUUGCACUCGGGACCUACAAGAACUGUUAUACCUGCGGGUUCUUCCAACUCUGAAGGACAUAAGCAACUUGUGAAAAUGAAACCUACUCACGAUGACCCCAUUUCAGUGAAGGAGUUGUUCAUUCAUGCAAAGUAUGCAGAGAAAGCUUUUGUUCCUAAGAUAACAGACAAACGGCGUCUCCACUCUGUAGCAGAAGAGGUGUGGGAAAGUGUUCGUUCUAAUGACCCAAGGGCUGUAUACCGCUACAUUGUUUGCUAUGGGGCUGAUGUGAAUACAAUUUAUGGUCAUGCAUCAUAUUGUACAUCCUCCCCCUCUGUCCACAAUUCCAGAUUAAUGUAUGAAAAACCAAAGAAAUCCUUUAAUUACGACUUUGAUUGCUUUGCAGUUGACUCUCUGGACCCCUCAUCAAGAUCUUUGAACUCGUUAAAUAAAAACGAAGAUCAGAUCGAGAAGGAGCAUCCCGACAGUUGUUCACUACUUCAUCUUGCCUGCUUAACCACCGAUAUCUGCAUGGUGGAGCUGCUGCUUCAGUAUGGAGCAAAUAUAAAUGCGUCCGAUUCAAGAGGUCGGAUGCCACUCCAUAUUUGUGUCAUUGGCAGGAAUUUUGCAAUAGCAAAAUUGCUUCUUACAAGGGGAGCAGAUCCACAUGCUGUAGACGGAGAAGGUCACACUUCUAUUCAGCUUGCAUUAGCAUCAGGUGUUGAUGAUCAUGAGGUUUUGCCAUUCUUAACAGAAUGAUAGUAUAGUAUAUCACAACCCCAGAAGGGAACGUCAAAGACCCGGAAUGGAAGAAAUCAACCAUACAUUAGGGCUUUUAGCAGACAAAGUUGAAAGUUUGGCUUUACCCCAUGUGAAACUGCAUCAUAAUUCAUAGCUUUCUUCAAGUAUAUGACUAUAUGCAAUUCCCACCACCAUCUUGGUGGCUCCUUUGGAUACUCUGUUUUAGUAGCUUAUAUUUUUAGGUUCUAUUUAUUUCUUUUAUAUAUAUAUAUAUGAAAAUUUUAUUUGAGGAUCGGGUAGCUCAUGCAUUUAAAUGUAUUAUAAGUUUUAUAAGAGAAUGGUCUUUUUUCUUUUUCGAGAGAGUGAUAAAAUAUAAUGUAAUAUCAAAAUCUUAAAUACAAAAACAAGUGCAUUUAAAUGUAUUGCGACAUAUUCAGUCGUGUUCAAUUA